AUGCCUGAGUUCUCAUCAAGCAUAGCUCCUGACGCCAAGGUUAGGGACUUCGUAUCGUCAUUCUACGCCAUCUCGGAUGACCCGACCAAGAAUGAGGAAUGGGUUGACCAUUUCAUGGCGGAUUCGACGCUCGUCAUGGGAAACGACGCCGUGAGGGGCGUUGAGGAAAUCCGUAAGCUCCGCGAGAAGAUGUGGGAGAAAGUGGUGGCACGAAAGCAUUCACCCGGCAAAGUCUUUGAGGGCUCGUUCCCGUCAAGCGGGCACACCAAUGCGUUCAUGCUAUCUGGUGACUUGGAGUAUAAGCUGAAGACAGGCGAGACGCAGAAUGUGUCGUGGGCGGCGUAUGCGGACGUAUGCGAGGUGGAUGGGCGGUUGAAGCUGAAGCACUACAGGGUCUGGAUCCAGAGGUGA